AUGAAAUUUCAAUUAUUUUGAAUUUGCAUUAUUUGGUAUGAAUUUAGAUUUGAGAAGAGAAAAGAUUGUAUUUUUGGCCAGAUAAGGCCAAAAUUUAUUUUUAAAUUAUAUCAGCUUGUAUUUCUGCCUGGAAUCUCUUUUGAUUCACCACCUUUGCAAGCCAUUUACAAAUCGCAUUUGUGAUUUGGACUUUCUUAUUUCUUUCUGUCAUUUUUAGCAUUAGCUGCAAUAAAUAGACCCAGCUAUAAAAAUAAAUCACAAUCAGAAUAUUUUUAUUUAAAUUUUUUGCUCUCAAAACUACGUUUCAGAAUUCUUUUAUUUUCUAAAGUUUUCAAUUACCAUAUUUAUCCCUCAAUAGCAUAUAAGAUGGCAUUAGAUACUUAUAAGAUUGAAAAAUUAAAAGAGAAUAAUUAA